AUGAUAGAAAACCAGACGAACUCAUGGCCCGUCCUUUCUCCCGCACAGGUCCGUGAGCACUCACAACCAGAUGAUCUAUGGAUGAUUGUCUUUGGCAAGGUAUAUGAUGCCACGAAUCUUCUUUCGAUACACCCUGGAGGUGCGGAAGUGCUCAUUGAUUGUGCUGGCGUCGAUGCCACGGAGGCCUUCGUAGAUGUGGGCCAUUCCCAGGAUGCUUUGGACAUGUUGAUUCCAUACCAAGUGGGGGUUGUCGGAGGCUAUGAAGAGCUGAAGCACACCCCAUUAGAAUCUAAGCCUCGUGUUGCUCUGCCCAAGAAGAUCCCUACUCCUACAAAGUAUUCUGCGAAGGUUAAGACUAAGCCCUCUAAGACCCCAGAGUGCUACAAACGCAAAAUGUUUUUGUCUGCAAUCGCGCUUUUUGCUCUUGUGUUCAUUUUAUUAUUGCAGAGACAACAAUGGGUCAGAAUAACCUCAUGA